AUGGGAGAAACACGUGACAGGGAGGGUGGGGAACUGGAGGCGCAAGAGUGGGUGCAGGCGAGUAGCGAGGAGGGGGGGUCUGAUGAGUGCGAGGAGGGCGUGAAUGACAAGGCAGCGACGCGACGGCGGAGAAUAGCCGCGGGUACCGCGUCCAGGAGGAGUGGGACCGCGAAGAGAUUAAAGGCGGAGUCAGGGAGGGGGAGCGGGAGAAAGACAUCCAAGGAGGAUUUGGAGAUUAAGUACGGGUUCAGUGACGCGGAGGUCGUCGCGGCGCGAUUCGCAUUGAUGGAAUGGUACGACGCGAAUAAGCGUGACCUGCCGUGGCGAGCGGCCGCAGUGAGCGAGCGGGCGGAGCAGAUGGAAGAGGGGAGCAACGAUAGCAAGGAGGCGCGGGAGGCAGGGGGGAAGGAGCGCGGGGAGCAGGGUGCGCAGGAGGCGGGGGAGGCGCGGGAGGCGCGGGAGGCGCGGGAGGAGCGGGAGGAGCGGAGGGCGUACGGCGUGUGGGUGAGCGAGGUGAUGCUGCAGCAGACGCGCGUGGGUGUGGUGGAGCCCUACUUCCGCCGCUGGCUGGCGCGCUGGCCCUCCCUGCCCUCCCUCGCCUCCGCCUCCCUCGAGGAGGUGAACAGCAUGUGGGCCGGCUUGGGCUACUACCGCCGUGCCAAGUACCUGCUGCAGGGAGCGCAGCACAUACAGCAGCAGCACGGGGGGCGCAUGCCGCGCACGGCCAGGGAGCUGCAGGCAGUGCCGGGCAUCGGCCCUUACACCGCCGCUGCCGUCUCCUCCAUCGCCUUCCGCCAGCCAGUGGCAGCGGUGGAUGGCAAUGUGAUGCGCAUCAUGGCGCGCCUGAAAGCCGUGCCACUGCCCAUGCAUGAGAGCGCCGCCACCUCCCUCUUCUCCCACCUCGCCUCGCAACUGCUGCACCGCGCCCGCCCCGGGGACUUCAACCAGGCGCUGAUGGAUCUGGGCUCCCUCGUGUGCGCGCCCUCCUCCCCCUCUUGCUCCUCCUGCCCCCUCUCGCCCCACUGCCGUGCCCUCGCACUGCAGCAGCAGGGGGCAUGCAGGGGGGAGGGGAGUGAGGGACGAGAGGGCCAGGGGUUAGUGAGAGUGACGGACUUUCCUGUGCGCAAGGCCAAGGCAGCUCCCAGGGAGGAGUGGGUGGCCGUGUGUGUGGUGGAGAGGAGAGGUGCGGGGGCACCAGCACUAGCAGCAUGGCAAGCAUCCGAGGCAUCAGCAGGUGUCUCGGCCAGAAAAGGCAGGCGCGCACACGGCACCUCCAGCGGCAACCAGGCUAGUAGUGAAGAACCUUCUCAGUACCUUCUGGUGCAGCGCCCGCCUACCGGGCUGCUGGCAGGGCUGUGGGAGUUUCCCUCUCUGGUUGUGGCCUCGGGCACAGGCAGGCCAGCAGAGGCGCAAAGGAGGCGGGCUGUGAAGCAGCUGCUGGGUCAGAUGCUUCCUUGUGUGACUAUAGAGGGGUCUGGACAGCUUAGCUCGGAGGGGAUAAUGCUGCAGGAGGGGGAGAAUAAAGUGGAGGGGAGCAAGUGGCGGGUGAUAGAGAAGCAUGACGUGGGCGAGACCUUGCAUAUCUUCUCCCACAUACACCAGCAUAUGCUCGUCGAGAGAAUUGUGAUUGUAGAAGGAGAGAAGGCAGGAGAUCCGGUUAUCUUGGAGUGCAACACAGGAAAUGCAGUGGCCAGAUUGAAAGGGAUGCAAGCUGCCAAAUCCUCUCUUUUCCACUCGCAUCGGCUGUCUGCGCCGAUUACCAGCCAUUCGCCGUUAUUCGCGAACUCCGCCAUGGCACCCAGUUUCGGCCGUCCCUGGUUCGCCAUUUUUAACACGAAUCCCGUGCAGGCCAAAGAAGAGAAGGCCCCGAUGCCGCCGUCGAUCGAUUUUCAGCCGUCGAUUCGCGUGAGCCAGUUCGGCGGGAAGAGCCAGCGGCAGCUCGCAGGGGUCUCCAGCAGCCCGCUCGUGCAGGACCACGUCGCCGCCGUCGCAAUGCGUGCCCGCCUCGAGAUGCGCAAGGGACUGCCGCAGAGCACCGUGCGCCUCCUCGAUCCUCCGACGAUGUCGCUGUCAAGCUCCGCCCCCCGAACCAGUCUUCCGCCGGCGGCUUCCGCCACACUAACCCCCCCGCUCAGCGCCAUCACUGAAGCCGUUUCCGGAAAGUCAAGCGCUACCAGUCAAAAUGCUUCCGCCAUUUCACCGGAACCUGUUGGGAUGAGAAAAAAUCCUUCCGCCAACCCUCCGCCGCUAACAAUUCCCCCGCUCGCGCCGAGCCUUUCCGCGCCCUUCACCCCCCACGGCUCGACCGCCAUGCAGCCGCCCCACACGCCUGGAUCGACGGUGGCAGCUCAGGCAACCGCAAUCGCGCCAAUGACGGCAGAAUCAGAUCUGGUGGCGGCGCCGCUCAAGGUGGCGGCGCAGUGGAGCCGAGAGGAGUGGCUGCUCGUGGUCCGCGCCGUGGAGGGCGGCGCGACAAGGUGCUUGAAAUGCCCGAAGCAGUCCGAUUCCAUGGCCGCCGCAACACACGGCGCCAUCCAUCUCAUCCAAAGCCUUAAAACGACAACUGCCGCUUCGACGCCAGGUGUGAACCCGGCCUCGAAUCCAGGCUCGGCGAAAGGCUCGGGAUCCGGUCCGGAGCAGUUUUCAUGCCCUGCCGCUCCCGCGGCAGUCGUCCCGAGAGUGGAGAUUCCCUCCUCGCCGUCGCGGCGUAAUCUGUUCUACACCACGUCAUCAGGGUCAUCUGAUGACACCACAUUCGUCGAUGAUUCCGCCACGCUGGCGAGUCGAACCUCGACCGGCUCCGCGUCGAAUUCCGACGACGACAACACCGUCAACGUCGCGACGCGAUACGGCAGCUACAGCAGUUUCAACAAUAGCAGCAUCAAGGGCGCUACGGCAGCUCAGGCGCCGUCCACGUUCAUGCUUCCGAGCCCCUCCGGUUGCCCCCGCACGCCCUUCUCGCAUCUCACGCCCCCGUCGCCCGCGAACCAGCUAGCCGUCUCUUCCCGCGGCCUGCCGGCCGGCAGCAUGAUCUUGCCCAGCCGAGCUGACGCGUCGGAGGAGCUCCCAGCGUGUCCGUUCCUCGGCCACUCCGCGCGCUACAGCAGCUACGAGACAAAAGACGCCGGCCGCGCGGCCGAGCCUCCCUCACUGGCAGUCCCGCGGACAAUGCCUUUCGGCGCCAUGACGACGCGCCGCAGCGCCGACGCGUCUCUCCCAGUGCGAUCCGCGACGGCGGGCUCGGUGAGCGCAGCCGGCGCACGCGGAACGCUAAGCGGAGCGAGCAUGGGGAUGAGCGCGAGCGGCGUGCAGGUGGACGCGAUGAACCGCAAGCUGCUGACGGUGAUCACCAAAACGCACGAGAUCUUCUCGCGCGAUCUCACUCCCAACGGCUCGCAGGUCGCCGAUUACCUCCUCUCGCAGCUGCUCGAGCUCACGCAGUCCGAGUCGGGCUUCAUCGCCAGCGCGCUGAAGCGCGCCGAUGGGUCGCUGUACCUCAAGACGCACUCGAUCACGAACCUCGCGUGGAACCGCGACCUGCGCGCGUGGUACACGGAAAACGCGCCGAAAGGGCUCGUGUUCGGCAAUCUCAAGACCAUCUUCGGCCGCGUCGUGACGUCCGCUGACGUGGUCAUCAGCAACGACGUGCCCAACGAUCCGCGCGCGUCGGGACAAGGCGUGCCGCCCGGGCACCCGGUGAUGCGUAGCUUCCUGGGCGUUCCCUUGUUUUCCGGGCCAGACCUGGUGGGAAUCUACGCGGUGUCGAACCGGGAAGGGGGCUAUAACGAGGGGCUGCUGAUGAGCAUCCAGCCCGUGACUAAAACGGUGGCGCAGGUUGUGGUGGGCGUGCAGCAGCGGCGCAAGAAGUGGGAGGCGGAGGAGCGACUCAACGACAUGCUCGAGGCGACACAGCAUGCAAUGGUGGCGGUGUCGGCGGACGGCAAGCUCACGUGCGCCAACCGUGCAGCACGCAUGCUCUUUGCCCUGGAGAGCAGCACGGAGGGCGACGGCGAUGGGACAGGUGGCAAGCUGCCAUUGGGGCUGACUCUUGCGGAUGUGUUGGUCAGCAUCGAUGGCAAUGAUGACUACAUGCAGCGAGGCCUGGAUGCUUUCGCUGAGGAGUCACUUUAUGAGUGGUCGGCCGAGGGACGGCAGCACCGGCCGCACGGUGAAGAGGAUGAAGGCGCGACCGAAGCAGCUGGUAGCAUGGCCUUAAGAAUCACCGUGGCACGUGGCUCAUCCAGUGACGUGAAAUUCGUGGUCACUGCCAGGGAGGCUGAUGCAGGGCACGGGAGACACGCAGGGGAGGAGGCUGGUGGUGGCAGAAACGAGUCGCAGCACAGUCGUGAGGGGCAUGAGGUGGUGCAUGUUGAUGAGCAAUUGGCCCUACGGUACUACGACGAGCGGCUUACAGUUGCAUCUGCGGACCUGAUCGCCCGUCGAAAGCUGAAGUCGCACAAAAAUAGCAAGAAGGACAAGAGCGAGGACAAGAGCGACAAGAGCAGCAAGAGCGAUAAGAGCAGCAAGAAGAGCAGCAGUAAGAGCGUCAAGAGCGCCAAGAGCGUCGAGAGCAGCAAGAGCGACAAGACCAGCAAGUCAAGCAAGAGCAGCGACACGUCUAGCGGCGGGAGCGGAAAGUCCGUUAAAAACUGCAAGAAGUGCCGUUUGGGUAUUGCGGAAGCGGCGGGGGCGGGAAAGCAUAAGUCGGGCGUGUGGACGACGAACCCCGUGGACAAGUGCUGGUGGUCCGCGGACUGGAAGACCAACCGCCAGGAGCUCGGCAAUUGCGCUCCGGGAUUCGCCACAGGCACGACGGGCGGAAAGGGCGGAAAGCUGUACGUCGUGACGACGGAGGCGGACGACCCGGUGAACCCGAAGGAGGGCAUGCUGCGAUACGGCAUCAUCCAGGAGGAGCCGCUGUGGAUCGUGUUUGAGCGCGACAUGGUGUUCGACAAGCUCAAGGCGGAGAUGAUGAUCGCCAGCGACAAGACCAUCGACGCGCGCGGCCGCGCCGUCGUCAUUCAGAACGGCCCGUGCGCGCGCGUGGAGCGGGCUACCAACGUGAUCAUCGAGUCCGUCAUUUUCCGCAACUGCACCAUGCGCAGCGGCACAAUUAAGGUGCGGUCCGCGAGGGGCGUGGAGGUGAAGGAUUGGCGCGACGGCAACGCGGUGGAGGUGUGGGGGUCGACCAAGGUGUGGAUCGACCACUGCGGGUUCGAGAAGGCGCUCGAUACGCAAGUCAACAUCGUCGUGGGGUCGACGAACGUGGCGGUUACCAACAACUAUUUCGUGAACCAGGACGAAGUGAUGCUCAUGGGCAACGACGACUCGGAGACGGGAGACGACAACAUGCGCGUCACCGUCGGGCUCAACGUGUUCGGCCCCAACUGCAACCAGCGCAUGCCCCGCGGCCGGCACGGGCAGUUCCACGUGGUCAACAACUACUAUCCCAACGGCUGGGGCAUCUACGCCAUCGGCGGCUCCGCUAACGCGCGCUUCCGCAGCGAGGCGAAUUACUUCGUGGCGGGGGACGUGAAGGAGGUGACUAAGCGGCAGGACACGCACGGGUGGGCGGCGAAGCAGAUCAGCGACAAGACGUGGACUAAGAUCAAGGUGUCGAGCGUGGGCUGGCAGAACUGGCCGUGGCAGUCCAUCGGAGAUCACUUCGAGAACGGCGCCUUCUUCACCGAGUCGGGCAAAAAUGUCUUCGAGCCGCCCUACGUCUUUAAUGCCGUGCCCGCUAAGGACGUUCCCGUCGCUACCAACAGGGCCGGGCCGCUGUUCCGGCGGUAUCAGAAGCAGAUGUGA